AUGUGCAUCUCAGUCCUCGCCACCAAUCGCCUCUCCGCUAUCAUAUUCCCGAAUCGACAUCAUCAUAUCUGGAGUACCCAACGUCACCGAAUAGCAUACGCGAUUCAAUUCCUACCGGGAAUGAUGGCUGGUAUGGCAACGCUAUUCGAUAAAACUCAACUUUAUAGAAAUUCAAAAAACGGAGUGAUUCCGAAGUUUAGGAAUGAAGCCCUGGUCACCAACUUCUUCCUGAUCGCUGGCGUAUUUUUGACUGUAGUUUGUAUAUAUCUGAUAUUUGCCUAUUGUUAUUGUCAUGCCCCAUAA